AUGGCAAGCCGGACGAAAAGCUUCUUCGAGCAGGAUCACAAGGCGAAUUAUAAACCACAACAAUGGAGACGGAACUACAUCAACAAACAACCACUCGGCGAAGUAGAUCCGAAUGUGAUAUCUGCGACUUCUCAAACCAAAACAAAGCUGAAAGCCUUUCAAUUCAUUCCAGGUCAGCCGGAGGGAGCAGGCAGAACAGUGGCGAGCGACGAGAACAACAUCGAUAGUGAGGAUAGUGGCAAACAUAGCGGUAAUAAUUUCUCGGUCGCACAAGACAGCGAGAUGCAAGGCGGCUGCUCAUCAGCGCCAAAUCGGAGAAGUGAUGGCUUGUCUGGGCAUGCUUUAGCUCAGUCCACGAGAACGCCAUCGCUACCACAUGCCAACACUUUCCCAUGCACUCCGAGUGAGCGACUACCGCUGGACGAUCUCAUCGGCAACUAUGACGAGAAUGCGAAGCCGCUAGCCGAGGAGGAAGCAUCUCCCGAAGAACAGCUGGGCUGGAUGCCGAACAGCUCCAACACGAUGACACCACAUCGAAGACGGAAGCGCGCUCAAAGCUCUUCGCCCUCAUGUCCAGCGACUUCCUCACAAAGACACGAGGCAUCAACAUUCUUUGGUGGCAACUUCACCAUAGCGGAGAAGAAGACACCGGAAGCAGACCUGACUGCUACACUAUGGCAGACAUAUGGCGGUGGAAAGGAUACCGGAAGUGCUGUGAAGCUGCCUGAUUUCAGCCGGCUAGUAGCCCAGGCAUCCCCACGGCCAAUCGAGACACCAAUCAAGAGUGCAGGAUUCAGGCGGUGGGCAAGUGCUGGCAAUGAGUGGCCGAGUAGCAAGAAUAAGAGGAGGAGGACUGACGCGCGCACAAGUAUUGGUGUGUGGCGAGAGGAGCGAGAAGGGGAGUUGGUAGGAGGCAAGAGUAAGGUGGCGACCAUGGUGGACAGAAUACAGGAGACCUUGGCGACGCAGAAGUUGGUACAUUCCACUGUGAAGCCUGCCCGGCCGGACGGUUCAUCCAGUUCCAUGAUCAUCCCAGAGGCACGCAACGAAGGCGUUCAUGCACACGUCAGCCCGUUGCAGGACAAGCCUCAAGCGCCUACAGCAUUGCAAGCACCGCUCGCGGACAACGAUGACCAAAGCGCACCAUCGGUCGCUCUGCUCGACGAUGCCAUGCAAAUAUUGCAACCCAACGCAGGUUUGCCACGACCGUCAACAUCAAAGGUGCACAGCCUGUCCCCAGACCGACCGGACCCGCCACUCAACAUUUCCAGGACUGUGGGUCAGGCAUCAGAUUCAAUUAUAUCAGCGCCACUCCACUUUCAAAGCAAAGCACUGCCUGCCUACAAGCGGCCAUCGGUCAGCGCCUCAGGACGCCAGUAUCCAGUCAAGCAGCCAUCACAACCUGUCGCGGCCCCAAUCGUGAACAGUGAGCUCGAUGACUUUGGCGAUGACUUUGACUUGACCGCCGAAGACCUUGACGAACUUGCGUCUCAGAUCCCACUCGAGCAACGAUCACUACACCAGAUACCAGCACAUCCGAACCCACCACCACCACAACCCAUAUCAUUCCGUGUUGGAACGCCGGAGCCGAUAAUCACCCUUGACGAUGAUGAUGACGACGAGUUUGGAGGAGAUGAUCUGGACGCCGAUGCUCUGGUUCAGGCAGAGUUCAGUGCCACCCAAGCUUACAGGAUCAGUCCUCGAAAACGAAGUCCUCGAAAGUCGCCUGUGAAGUCCACUGGUGCCUUGAUCCAUACUCACUCUGAGCCGGACAAUGCGGUCACAAAGCUGAGACGAUAUAAAGUGACGAGUAUCCGCGAUGGCGAUUACACCAACGCCAAUGGACGCAGAUGCUCAGAGAGGGUAGUCCUCGCAGAACAUCACCGGACCUCGAAGCCGACUGCGAUCACUCUCCGCGAUUCGUGGUCAUUGUCUACGAUCGUCAAUGUUGGCAAUAUCGUACACGUCGCCGAAAUUCCUGGACUCCCGACCUCUGCAGAUCCACCUGGCCAGAUCACGAUUGGCGACCAUGAAAACAGUGCUCUGCUUAUUAUCCACCCAGAUAGCAUGCUGUCCGCCACCACCGUCGGCGACUCCUUUGACUGCGUCCGCAAAGCAGUGUUCAAGGAGCAUAUUAAAGCUACGAGCGAGGCGAACACAGGGAUGGUCUAUGGUAGCAUCCUGCACGAAGUCUUCCAGCAGGCUUUACUCGCUAAUGACAUGGAUCAUGGCUUGGUCGAGCUGGUCGAGCGAACAAUCCAGAAUCAUGUAGAAGGUCUAUGGGAGCUAGGCAUGAAAGACACAGUCCUUGCACGUGAAGAAGUUCUGGCUAAGAUGGGUGAAUUGGCUGGUUGGGCCAAAGCUUAUGUAGCCGAGCAGCCUGGUGAUGCGUCUGUUAUCGAUGACAAAUAUGGUGAGAAGGUGUGGAUGAGCGUCAGCAAGCUUGUCGCGAUUGAAGAGCAUAUCUGGUCGCCACUAUUUGGACUCAAAGGCAAUAUCGAUGCUACAGUGCAGACAACGUUGCUUGAUGAUCCUAGACAACCCACUAAACGGCUGCUUGCACCGCUGGAAGUCAAGACUGGAAGGACGACACAGUCUGUCGAGCAUCGUGCGCAGACGGCUCUAUAUACGCUGCUGCUGUCUGAUCGAUACGACCUUGCAGUCAAAGCUGGCAUACUCUACUAUCUGGAGAGCGCUACAACCUCCCGCAUCGCACCGCCGGCCAUUGAAAUACGGCAGAUGGUGCAGUCACGCAACAGACUCGCCGCGUACAUAUAUGCUGCCAAGCAUCCUGGUAUGCAAGCUGGCCAUACCUUGGCCACACCUUUGCAAGCGCAGGAUAUUGAGGAUUCGGCCAGCCUACCACAACUUCUGAAGAACCCGUUCAAAUGUGGUCGCUGCUAUGCUCAACAGACCUGCUUCACCUAUCACGCUCUUAGUGAAGCCGGCUCAGCACAGAGUGCUGGUAUGAUCGACGAUGGGAAGAAGAAUCACAGUCUGGUCUGGCACGAAGCUGUCGGUCAUCUGCUCUCGAACGCUGGCCGCAAGACCGAGACGGAGCAGCUGAAGAAAUGGUUCAUGAGGUGGGACAGACUUCUCACGUUCGAAGAGGGCGAGACUAGUCGAGUGAGGAAGGAGUUGUGGACCAUGACUUCUGCAGAGCGCGAGGCGGUGGGCCGUUGCUUUGGCAAUUUGGUUUUGCAUCAAGAUCUUACUUCGGCUGCUGCAUCGGCCACGCAAGCUGAUGGUAUCGAGGGCAGUGGCGGCAAGAUCAACCGGUAUACUUAUGUGUUCCGGAGGGCGAUUCCGAUCGCUGGCGCAAGCUUUGCAGAGGGUACACAGCUGACUGCUGGUGAGCCGAUUGUAGUAUCGUCGGAGCACGGGCAGUGGGCGCUUGCCAAUGGCUACGUGGUCUCAGUAACCAAGCACGAGUUCACUGUGGCCGUGGACCGAAAGCUGGGAGAUGCUAGACAGCGAAUGGCUGGUUUUGAUGAGGUCAACAACCACGCUUUUCAGGGCAUUAUGACAGUGAGUAAGGAGAGCGAGAUGACUGCCACACAACAGGCGAUGCUUUACCGCGUGGACAAAGACGAAUUCGCGAAUGGGCUGGCACUUGUCCGCAGCAACCUCAUCUCGCUCAUGUCAUCCCAUCCAAUACCAACCAAGCUCCGCCAACAAGUCAUUCACAAAUCGGCUCCAAUAUUCUGUCCACCUUCACAGCUACCAGCGCUCCAGCAAUCACAGCUUGGACAAAUGAAUGAAGACCAACAAGCAGCCGUGGCCAAAGUCUUGAGCGCUCAAGACUAUGCACUCAUCCUCGGCAUGCCCGGAACAGGCAAGACAACUACGAUUGCUCACAUCAUUCGUGCCUUGCUUGCCGAAGACAAAACCAUCCUUCUGACCUCAUUCACACACACAGCCGUCGACAAUAUCCUCCUCAAGAUUCGCGAUAUUGCACCGCCGGAUAGUAUCCUGCGGCUCGGCGUACCAGCGAAGGUCAACAAGGAAGUGCAGCAAUUUUGUCAAUUGGCUGCUACACCACGCAAGACGAUUGAUGAAAUCGAGGAGGCAUAUAUGGGUAGCCGGAUAGUGGCUACGACGUGCAUGGGUACCAACCAUGCGUUGUUCCGUCGACGAGCAUUCGAUGUCUGCAUUGUCGAUGAAGCCAGUCAAAUCACGCUUCCGACUGCACUCGGGCCGCUGCUGCAUGCAAGAAAGUUUGUGCUGGUCGGAGACCAUUUUCAAUUACCACCGCUCGUGCAGAACCGACGUGCACUGGAGGGCGGUCUAGAUGUUUCACUGUUUCGACAGCUGAGCGAGGAGCACCCGGAGGCCGUCGCGACGCUGGGUAGACAAUACCGGAUGUGUGAGGAUAUUAUGAGCCUGUCUAAUACACUGAUCUACGACGGUAAGUUGAGAUGCGGGAGUGAGGAUGUGGCGCAGAGAGCUCUGCAGCUUGCGGAUGAUGCGAGCUUGAAAGACUUUCACGAUGCUGCUCCACUUGGUACAGUAAAAUGUCAGCAGGAUCGGUGCUGGCUGGCAGAUGUGACACAGUCUGAGCGCAAGGUCGUUUUCGCCAACAUCGAUGCUUCUGGCAAAGAGGCUCACGAGACUCUCACCUCCGGCAAGAACAUCACCAAUCAGCUCGAAGCCACGCUCUCAGCGGAACUAGUCCUGAGCCUGAUCAAGCGAGGAGUUCCAGCCAAGGACAUCGGAGUCAUCACACUAUACCGUUCCCAGCUUAAUCUUAUGCGUCAACUCUAUCGCGUGGCAGGUAUUAGCGCAGAAAUCGAGAUCGACUCGGCGGAUCGCUAUCAAGGACGAGACAAAGAGUGCAUCAUCCUAUCCUUCGUCCGAUCGAACGAUGCUGGUAUCGUCGGCGACUUGCUGAAGGACUGGCGAAGAGUCAACGUUGCUCUUACACGAGCAAGGUCGAAACUGAUUAUGCUGGGAAGCAGACGAACGCUAGUGAACAAUGAGCUCUUAGCUCGACUACUCAGCCUGACAGACAGGCGUGGAUGGACAGUCGAUCUGCCAGCACAAGCACAUCUGCUACAUGCCUUUGAACUCAGCUCGCAGACUGUGGCUUCACUCGUGCCGAAAAGCACGCCUAGUCCGAAGAAGCGAAAUGCAGUGACUCGAACACCAAGAUCGAGUCCACUCUGGCCUUCGCAAAGCGCUGGCAACAGAGGCGUUCCAAGGCCUGGGAUGAAGACUCCAGGGAAGAUCGUCGAGGGGAUUGGCAAGAGUAGUCCUUUGAAGGACAUGGCGAUGUUUGACAUCUUCGAGGACCUGUCCGCUGAUGACUUUUGA